GGUUCUCCUGCACCCUGCAGCUGAGUUACAGAGUAACUUGCCAACAGUGCCCCAGCAUUCACUCCACUAAUAAGCUAGAGCAAAGUCCACAACAGGCUUCAUGGAUAAGUGUGAGCAAAGGCCAGAACCUCAGGAAAGGAUUACCACAGAGCAGGGCCAAGUCGCCUGUCUGAGCGAGAAUCCCUGAGCCAGCCCCAGCAGCUCAUGGGGGCCAUGAGCUCUGUGCUGGCAAUCUUCUUGCAGGAACUGCCUGGCCCUGUCCUGCUUCUGGGGAUCUUCCUGCCUGUGACCUUGCUGCUUCUCCUCCUGAUUGCCUACUUCAGGAUCCAACUGAUGGCAGUUGAAGAAGAACUGGCUCAGACUUCUGAUCACCAGAACAAGUUUGGUUCUUCCUCUCACAAGAGAAUGAGAAGAAGAUGAGGGUUGGUGUCACCCAAUGGACAAAACAUCAUGAAUUUCUAAAAGUCACAGAGCAGCAGUCAACAGAACCACCAGGAAAUGAGAAAGAACAGUGAACAUAUCAGUUGCUGCUGGAGGACUUCUGCAUGAUCUGACAUUAUCAAUGGCAGUUCCUUGGAAAGUACCAUGAACUUAAACUUUUCUUUAACAUGCUCAAUGUACCCGGCAUAUCUUGAGUUUCUUUCAUUGUAACUAUGCUCAUUUACUUUGUGGGGAAUAUUUUUAAAAUAAAACUUCUAGAUCUCA